CUGGUGGAAAUCGGAAACAAGAAGGAAAAGGCGGCCAAGAAGAAGGCCGAGGAGAACCCAAGAUGGACGAGUCGCACUCAAGCACAAGGCAAUCGACGGAAACCUGGAACCUGGACGACCCUCCCAACAGCCGCCUGUUCCUGGUGGCCAGUCGCACGGUCACCGAAGAGGAGCUUCGGGAGCGGUUCUCGGUGUUUGGCGACGUCCAGGCCGUGUGGGUUGUCAAAGACAAGCAGACAAAAGAGUCCAAAGGCAUUUGCUACGUCAAGUUUGCCAAAUCGUCUCAGGCCUGCCUGGCCAUGGAAGAAAUGCACGGAAAAGCCAUGCUUGACGGAACCAAACCCAUCAAGGUGUUUAUCGCCCAGUCGCGCUCGUCGUCCAGCCACAGAGACGUGGAAGAUGAAGAACUGACCAGGAUCUUUGUCAUGAUCCCUAAAACCUUUUCUGAGGAAGACCUGAGGGACACUUUUAAGGAGUACGGCGACAUUGAAUAUUGCGUCGUCAUCAAGAACAAGCAGACGGGAGAGAGUAAAGGUUUGGGCUACGUCAGGUACUUCAAACCCUCCCAAGCCGCCUUGGCCAUCGAGAACUGCGACAAAGCAUACCGGGCCAUUCUGGCAGAGCCUCGCAGCAAAGCUUCCUACUCCUCCUCCGAAGACUACAACAACAUGGCGACCAGGAGCGACUACUCUGGCGGCGCCGAUUCCAUGACCGUGUACCCCUUCAACAUGUCCGAACCCGUCAGCUACCCAAUGAUGGACUACCGCGGCGGCGCUGACUUGUCCCGCUGUCUAAUGGUGUCAACUCGCGCCGCGCUGACCCAGGAGCAGAUUUUUGCGCUAUUUGACCUCAUCCCAGGGAUGGAAUACUGCGAGCUGCAGCGGGAUGCGUACGGGAUGAGCAAAGGGCACGCCAUGAUUCGCUACAGCAACCUGGGCUCAGCACUUUAUGCCAAAGACAAACUGAACGGAUUUGAAUAUCCGCCAGGAAACAGACUGGUUGUCAAUUUUAUGGAAGACGGAGAAGAUCGUAGCGGUUCAGUAGGUAGAAUGGCCAUGCAGUUUGUCGCCACCCAGGUGAUGUCAUCGGUGUGGAACGGAACCCCUAACAGCCAAGGCAUCAAUUCCGCCACUUCUCAUCUGGGAUUCGCCGGACCGCCUCCUGUGUCCCGGAUACAGACGGACGUCAGCUUGCCGCCACCGAAGAAACAUGCGCCCCCCGAAAGCAAGACAAAGGAGCGCUUGUUUUUGGUCUUCAGCCCUGCCCCUUUGCCUGUGGACGUGCUGGAGGAUGUUUUCUGCCGCUUCGGUUCCCUGAUAGAGGUUCACUUGGUUCCAGGCAGGAAUGUUGGUUACGCAAAGUAUGCUGAGAAGCAGUGUGCCAAUGAGGCCAUGGCGAUGCUCCACACCCGUGUGGUCAACGGCGUGAAGAUGAAGGUGAUGCUGGCAGAUCCACCCAGAGAGGAGUCGCACAAAAGGCUUCGCACGUACUAGCACGCCGACACACGACAGUCGUCCAGUGCCAGCGUGUUGAGCUCUUCGUCCAGUUCCUCCAGAUCUUCCCCGGUGAACAAGUUCUCGUCCACAGGUACGUCGCCGCCGUCCUCGUCUUCCCCUCCUCCGGCCUCCCCGUCUCCCUCAGCCCCUGACGGCCCGUUGGCAUCAGAGCCGCCGCAUGCGCCAUUUAGCUGUUCUAUUAACAGGAAAAAGAAAAAAAACAAGAUCACAAUUUGCUCACCUAUUUUUGGCCUUGAUGCUUUGUUGGCAACAAGCUGUGUAAACAUGUUGUAAACACGGAAUUAUGUUGUCAAUUGAGGAGCUUAUUUAGACAAAAGUAAUGCUUUGUCCCUUUGUGUGUGAUGUGUUGCUCUUGCCGUAUAGCGGCACAGCACACGCGUUAUGUUCAAAAGUGCGACAACUCUUUACCCCCAUUCUCUGUGGGGUCGCUCGUCGUUUGAAAGUUGGCCAACAAUUUUAAAAUCAUAACAGCUAAAAAUGAAUCAGCCAUUGUGUGUCCCUCGUUGCCCACACAUGGCAGAGCAUUGUGUGUGGCUCAGUCUUGUCGUUUUCUUACGGUUGUCCUGAUCCAUCUUCUGACUCUUACUCAUGGCAGUGAAGCGGUCCACGGCGGCCACAGUGAUUCCCGUGUUAUCCACUUCUUGAGGAACAAAGCGGGACAGGUCUAUGUCCUGGACCUGCAUGGUGUCAUCCUGCAGCCACGCGUAAAACAAGAGGGGCGUUUUGGAAUGAGCAAGGACAUACAAACUUUCGACUGCUACUGAUAAAGCCUUUCAAACAA